AUGUCGGACUAUCCCGUUCUCGAUAAGGUAAUUGCCUCGCUACAAGGUAGCGCCCCCACCCUCCAGUUCCUCCGGGACCUCCAUGCCGAGGCCCUCGCCGAGGAGCCCUUUGUCAGUACCAACAACGACCUGUCCGUCGCCCUCGACAAGUUCGUCGCGUUGGACCCGGACAAGAGCGCCCUCGUGUACCUUCUCCUACGAACCUCGGGCGCGCGACACGUCGUCGAGGCGGGGACCUCGUUUGGCGUGAGCACCAUCUACCUCGCGCUCGCCGUCGGGCAAAACGCCACGGCCCAGAAUGCCCCCGGCAAGGUGAUUGCCACCGAGAACGAAGCGCACAAGGCGGCCCGGGCUCGGGAGAAUUGGAAGAAGGCUGGUGUCGAGGUUGAGCCCUGGAUUGAGCUGAGGGAGGGCGAUUUGCGUGAGACGUUGAAGACGGGCUUGCCUGAACAGGUUGACUUCGUCCUUCUCGAUAUCUGGACUCCCUUGGCACUCCCUGCGCUUUCUCUUGUCAAGUCCCGACUCCGGCCUGGUGCCUUGGUCGUUGUUGACAACUUUGAUGCUGCGGCCUCGGGGUACAAGGAUCUACGGGCUUAUUUUGAUGACCCAGCCAACAACUUCCGCAGAACGACUGCCCCGUAUGAUGGAGGACUGUGCAUUGUGGUGUAUAUGGGGAAUUAA